AUGAACGACCGCGGAGACUACGGGUCGCGCGUAGGCCUCAUGAAGUCAAUCCAGUCUCUGGGGUUCGCGCUGAACAUUCGGUCGCCACCGUUCUUGGUUGAGGAAACAGCUGGGCAGGGGUAUCUCAGCUUGCACUGGGCCACUGCCGUCGAGGCGCUGCACAUGGCGCACGAGGCGACCCCCGAGAACAGAUUGGUGGCGCACGCAGUGGCAGCGGGACUUUCUCGCUGCAAGAUCUACCUUCCGAAGGCCCCGAACGACGCCGCCAAGUUCCUCAAGGGGCGCGGCAACAAGGGCAACGACCACGCGACGAAGAAGACGAUCAUGGAGUGCCACCGAGAGGCCGCGAGGAUCGAGAAGGCUUGGGAGAGGCGCAAUAAAGAUACGCAGUGGACGAUCGCGAGCCUCACCCACGCCGUGCGCGAGGAGAAGAAGCACGAGUUCCCCUGCUCAGUAUUGCCUGGCCGGCUCGAUCGGCCUCGGCAUUUCGAGGUGCGUUUGCGCGUCGCCCAGGAGAGCCAUAAGGUCGUCAUUGACAGGGGGCCCGACAAAGGCCUCACCUGUUGGCAGGCUUUGGAGAAGGCCGUGAAUGCGCACUGCGACUUGUCGCACCCCGCCGCCUGUUCGUUCGCGAGUAUCUUCGUCAACAUCUACCGCAUCUUCCGCAAGCUUAGGGCCGAGCACGCCGAGUACUUCGCUGAUGUGUGCCUCCUGAUACUGCCGGCUGCUACGCCCUUGGGGGAGCGCGCGCUCUUGCCGCAGGGCUUAGGCGCAGCCGCAGCGGCAAGGGUCACCGAGGCCUCCAUCGACGCGCUCCUCUUGGAGAUGGACGACAGCAAAGUUCUCCACGAUGCGGUGGCAGCCGCGUCUGCGCAGGCUACUGAAGAGCAACAGCAGAUGGUCAUGGCGGCGAGGGAGGCGGAGGAUACGAAGCAGGAGAAUCAGGGCAAGAAGGGCAAGGCCAAGACGGACAGCAAGGUGAAUGUCCAGAAGAAGAAGGUCAAGUCUUUGGAGCACCAGCCCCUCCUGAGUAAAGAAGAUGGUAAGAAAAACUUCCUGGGCGUGCUCGGCCAGGCGAUCAUGUGCAUGGUAAAAGUGGACGCGUCGCAGCAGGAACUCAUCCGACAUUUUCGGUUCUGCGCUUUGGCUGGCGCCUUGGGCGAGAAGAUGUCGGUCGUCCUCGGCGGAGUGUCGAAGGAUGUCAAGGGCAACUCCAAGUUGACGAAAUUCUACAAGACGCAAUUGCACAAGUCGGCCGCGCUUCCACCGAGGACGUCCGACCCAGACUUUCUCGCUGACCAGAUCGGCGGGGCCCCGGGCGCGAAGUCGGCUGAGAGCACCAUGGACCUUGCCACGCAGUUGAAUGAUAAUCUCGAGGAGGGGGCCUCGCUGCUACCCGACCUGGUGAAGUUCGUGAAGGGGAAUCCGCUGGGCAAGCCCGUGAUCACGAGCGAGUUCGCGCCAAGUGCCAUCCACUGUGUUAUGUGCCUCAUGCAUUUGAUCGUCGAGAAGGGUGGGGCGUUUGUGAAUGUCGGCGAGGCCAUGAGACAUUUGGUUAGUGGGGCGAUGGGGUACCUUCAGAAUGCAGCACCGCCUGCAUGGGAUGUUCUGGCGAGUACGCUUGGGCAGCUAGAUACCGUCAGCUCGGAGCGCCGCUCGAAGGCCCUUGAUGGGCUCCCAGCGGAGAUCCACGAGGUGAUCCCCUUGAAGAUCAACCUGAGCUUAGUGGGGGCCAUGAGCACGAAGCUCCAAGAUGGCCCCAACGUAGUCGAUCGGACAUAUGCGCCGCCGCUGCUGCUCAACGUUUUGAAGACCUUGGCGAACGCGUGCCCCAACGAGAUGACGGCAUCAUCUGAAUUACCUUUGGCGAGGUUGGAAGACGCGCUCAAGAUGACCUUCAGCGACCUGUCCAAUCAGAUUGUCGACAAGAUAAUCGAGUUCAGCAGCCACUGCGAGAAGCAUGACGGAUCCCAGUGCAUCAACACGAGGAACGCUGUGGAUAACAACAUACAGAAGUUCACUACCAAGCAGAUGGAUGAGUUCGUUGCCUCUGAGAAGCUGACGGGGGUCACGCAGCACGCCGGCAAGGCCAUGGAGCUGUUUCCGAGCAAACGGACGGAGGCCAUCGCAGAGAUCAUGACCCAGUACGACAAGAAGCAUUCAGACCAGAAGAUGGCGGCCUCUAUCUUGGAGAAUACGUGGGCCGCCAUCGUGAACCCCCUCGCCGUCGACAUCUUGGGCGAUCAGGGUACUCCAGCUGGCGCUGUGCCGGGUGCUCCUCCAGCUGGUGGCGCUGCGGUCUCUGCUUCUGCCACGGGCGCCGACGACGAGGAACAGAAGGGCGGCAAGUUCGAGCUGACGGAGUGGUGGAAUCAGACGCUGGCCACUGAGGGCGGGAUCGACUCGGCGGAUUCAUCUGUGUUCACGCGGGAGAUCACAGCUCAUCUUCAGUUGGCAUUCUCUAAACUUCCACGCAGUGCUUAUCUUGAGAGAAGUGGUACUGGCGAGGACUUCGCAGCUGGCCUCAUGCACAUUGCUACGAUGGAGGCUUCAAAGAGCGGCGCAGCAAAGGGUCUUCUUGAAAUGGCCAGCAUGAGCGCUGUGACUAUUUACCUGCCGUUCUGGGGCAAGGUCGUGAGCGCCGCUGCGGCGGCGAACGUGUCCAAGAAUAACUGCUUGCCUCUCGGGGGCUCGACCGGGCUGGGACCUGCGUUGUUUCUUGACGGCGCGGCGGUGCAGAACAUCAGGAAGGCCGACGCUUGCAUGGCGCGGCUGGUUCCCACCGCCCCGCAGCAGAAGGGCGACGACAAGGAUGAGGAGGCGACGGCUACGCCAGCCAAGAGGGCUCGGAAGACGACUCCGAAGAAGGGGCCGAUGCGGGCGACGCACAGGGUGAGCUUCGAGAAGAAGAUCGAGAUCACGAUCGAGGGCAAGUCGUGCACGUGCGACUUGCCAGCGCUGGUGCACGCGGAGGGUUUCGCGCGG